GAAAAGCUGAUCGACAGAACAACAAAUACUCUCCUACACACGCAUACCAACAAAAAAGUUGAAACAUGAAUGGGUUGAAGUCGAUGUCGGGCGUGCGCGACCUCGUCCGGGGCGGUGCUCUGCCUCUCCGCAUCGCCAACGCCCUCAGCUCUCGCGCCAAGCAUGAGAGUUUUGAGUUCGAGUCGGUCGUCGUCGACGCGUGCGCCGCCGCCAGCGUCGCCGUGCCUGCCGAACCCGACCUGCCCCACAGCCGCUGGUGGAAAAAGCUCUGCCGAGCAUGUCAGGAUAAGACGGGCACCACGAAGCACGGCAGUCAGUUGCUGCGGUCGCGCCUGGUCAACGCCCUAUCGCAGCGGAUGGCCGUGGAAGAAGUGUACCGACUGAACGGCGGCGAAAUCGCCAUGGGGGCCCCGAUCGACAACCCAAUUGUGGUGAUGGGGUUACCGCGCUCGAACGCGCACAUGGCGGCGCACGUGUUGGCCCGCUCCGGCCUCUUCCUGACACUGCGGCAGUGCGACACCCUCUCCCCAUCGCUCCUGCUCGAGACGGAGCGGCGGGACGCUUUUCAGAGAAAGUUCCGCGGCUUUGGCUACCUCCACCCGGACUUCCUGUGUGCGCGGGUGCCGCGGGUGGACCAGGUAGACGAUGACCUCACGCUGCACCUCAUGACACCGCAGUCGCACGCCUGGGGGCUCCUGCACGGCUUAGAUGAGUACCUGCUGGAGUGCCUCGAGGAGGAUCAGCUGCCGGUGUACACCGAGGUGCGCCGCGUCAUGGAGCUGUUCCAGUGGUACAAAAAGUGCGGCCACUUCUCCGAGGCCGUCACGCGCGAGGUGGAGCCGAUCGACAACGCGAUGGAGAUGCAGACGUACGGCACGAAGAACACCCUGCUCCACCCCCCGUGGCUCCUGCACAGCCCUUUUGCCAUUUUGAGCUCGGAAGCGCUCCACACGGUUUUUCCUAAUAUGAAGGCCAUUUGGGUGCAUCGCGCGUUGGGUCAGUGCCUGCCGUCCCUGUGCUCCGCUCUCUGCCUGCACAACGCUCUCUACACCGGCAGGCCGCCGAGUGACUCGCAGCUGGCGUCGAUGGGCGAAAAAGUACUCGGCAUCUUCGGCUCCGGCACGGAAAACGCCAUCGAGUACUACGGCCAUUUCGACCAGCGCCGCAUGGCACACUGGUCCAACCGCGACGUCAAGCGUCACGCCUCUCGCGUUGCGCAGAAGACGCUGGAUUACUUUGGCAUCGAACUGGAUCGCUUCCGCCGCAUGCAGAUGAUCAACGGACAAACCGAGUACCUGUCCAACGCGCGCCCCUUUCACGAUGCGCAGAUGCCGUACUUCUGCCUCCACGACGGCGUCAUCGGCGACGUCUUCCAGGACUACAUCUUCCAGUUCGAGGAGUUUGCGUUCGAGAAGAAGUUUGGCAUUACCGUGAAGGAGUACGCGCCGCUCGCCGCGCCGGCGGAUCAGGUGGCGAUGAAGGGCAUCUCGCACGGCUCCAGUGAUGGGGCGAAGGCGCCGGGACUUGGCGUGGGGCAGCCGAUGGUGGGCCACUUCCUACAGGAAGGCAAAGGCUUUCGGUGA